AAAUGGUAUCGUCUCCAUACCAUAAGAAUGCAUGCUGCCUCUCUGUUCAUUCUCUGGACAGACAACAACCAGCUAGCUGGAACCUAGACGAAUAAGUUUCUUUCCUCCCUCCGGACAUCACCAGCGAUGAGCAGCUAGCCACUGUGCCCAGUGACCUUGCAGGCUCCGGUUGCCCAAUAGGAACGAACAAAAGCGAGCUAGGAAAAUGAUGCGUAUCCAAGACAUCCGUGAUGGUGUGUCAUCCCUGUUCGUCAUGCUGAACAAGGAAUCAUUCGUCCUGUUUCGGAUCGAGUUUCUUGUGGUCCUGGCCACAGUCUUGUUCCUUCUGAUGUUCAUCAUGGAUGUCUUUCGUCGCCACAUCCGCAACACAAUGAUGACCGCCAUCUUUAGCAUCUUGGAUGCCGUCUCAGACUCUAUUGUGUUAUACCUGCUGGGGGCCAUGCAGACAGCGAGCUUCACAAAUCAAUUGUUCCCUGUCUGGGCCCUCGUCCUUGUCAGUAUCCGUUACAACAUUGACUUCAUCUCUGGCUAUGGUGUUCAUGAUCGCCAUGGGCGACGGUUCAGGGAGUGGAGGAACGUGGUCAAACUUCUGGGAUCGGCAUUCUUGAACUCUCGCGGCUCAAGGUUCGCAAUUCCAAUCUGGUUUCUUUUGGCUCUGCUGAUACUGAGGAGCUUCCACAGAUUAAGUGCGUAUGGUUUGGCACUCUGUUCUGUCUGGCAUGGCAAGAGUUCAGAGGUGGUUACAGAGUACAUGCAUGCUGGCCCUCAUACUAGCAACUGGAAACCAGAGGAGUGCAAGCCAGAGAAUGAUAUGGAAGGGUACAAAUACUUGGUCCAUGGAGAAACCCAAAGGGAAAUCAGACUCAAGAAGCCCCGGUAUGUCCUGUACAUCGAUGCUGACCGGUCUGGGCGUGGUUUUUCAUCACUGGUCACCUUAGACAAGAUCUGGGGAUGUCGCAAACACCGGUUACACCCGGACAAUAAUAAGGGGAAUGACCCAAAGGAUCUCUCUCUGGCCUUCGCCUUGUCCAGAUUGCUCCGGUGCAGGCUCGAGGAUGUAACACUGCAACAAGAAAUCUUCUGCAUUAACCGAAAGCUAGUGAAGACUAAGAUCCUUGAGGAGCAGAACACUGAUCGCGCCUUCAGGAUCAUGGAGCUGCAAUUAUCCUUCGUAAAUGAGUAUUUCAACACCCGCUACCCUAUGGUCUUCUGGAAUGGGUUCUAUUCUCUCUUCUUAAAUCUGCUUCUCUCUGCAGUGAACUUGGCUGUUGUCUUCUGGCUUCUUGUGGACAUCUGUCAGGACUAUAGCAAUAAUCCCACGAGGAAUCACCGGUAUAACCCCCCAAAGAAUCACCGGGCUCAUGUGGUGCAUGGGUUCAAUGUUGACAUGUUCAUCACAUUUGUAUUCAUUGUUUUUAUGGUGUUCAAAGAGAUCUGGGAGAUAGUCAGCUACUUAAUCUCAGACUGGACAAGAUUACUCCUUGUCUGCAGCUAUACACGGCAGGAGAAACAGCCAACUAGAAAUAAAUGUAUGGAGAGAACAAUAUCAUCCAUUUUUAAAUCUAGGGUAACUACUAAGCAGUGGCAUGGACUUAUUGACCAGUAUGUCUUCUUAGAGUCAUAUGAUGACAGACCAAGAUUUUGGAAUCUGCUUCACAAGAUGACCACAGGAAUGGUGCCAAAGAAGGACGAUGGAGCAACACUUCGCAACGCCAUUGAUGUGCCGGGAUGUGUCAGGCCAGCAAUACUGAAGAAACUUUCUGCAAGCCUGGAGAAGCUCAGUUCUCCUGACAUUGUACAUGAUCAGCCAGACAAUCCUAACAGAAAUCAUGGGGAGCAAGGUCAGCUUCUUCCCAAGGCCAUGACAUCACUGUAUGACGCUGAUGGUGAGCGAAUGAAGCGGUAUGGUUGGGCCUGCUUCGACCUGCCCACAUGCUCACAUGUAAUUCUGGUGUGGCACAUUGCAACCAGCCUCUGCGAGAUGAAGCUAGCUCGAGGCCAUGGCGUCGACUUAAGCAAGUAUGGGUUUCUGGGCUCCCUCUUGUCGUGCUUCACAAGUUGCUGCUCAUCAAAAACAUAUCUUAUGGAUGUGGAAGAGAAGACGAAAGCAAAGAAAAAAGUGAAUGAGAAGUUGCUUGAUAAGCUCCAGGAAAUGUAUAUCAUCGCGAAUAGCUUGUCUCGGUACUGUGCAUAUCUGCUAGUUUCAAAACCUGACCUGCUCCCUGACAGCUUUUGCAUACCCAACAUGGUCUUACAAGAAACCGUGACAUGCGCUCGUGAUGAUAUUCUUAAAAACUGUGACUCGUUACAAAGCAAGUAUGACAAACUGAUGGAAGAAGCAGAGAAGGUCAUCCAAGAUGCUGACGACAUCAUGAAAAAAGAAGAUGUUGUGCGAUUAGGUGCAAAGUUGGGCAAGGAACUGAUUGAUCAAGAGAGUCAAGAAGAAUGCUGGGGGAUCCUGUCCGAGGUAUGGGCAGAUUUACUGGUGCACAUUGCCCCCACUUGGAAUGCAGAGGCGCACAAGGAGUGCCUUGAGUCAGGAGGGGAAUUCAUAACAUAUAUUUGGGCAUUGCUAUGGCAUUGUGGAAUCGAGAAGAGCAAAUUAUGGCCAGUUGAAGAUGUGUAUGAAAAUGAUCCCCGUGGAACGCCACCUCAGGAUAACAGUGUACGAAACAAUAGUGGUCACCGUGCAGAUCAGACUUGUGCAGCAGGACCAAGGGACAAAACAGAAACUGACAUACAGAGAUCAGAAAUGCAGCAAGUUCAUGCAGAGGAGAGGAAUGAGCUAAACACAGAUACGGUUGAUCAUCAGAAUGGGCAAGGCAGCAAUGUGGUGGUAAGAGGGAUGCGGAAUGGCGGGAACACGUGUUACUUCAAUGCAGUGUUGCAGAGUCUCCUUGCACUUGAUAAGCUGCGUGCAAGGAUGUUAGGGCCAGAUGCUUUGACAGGGGACCUUGGUCAGGAACUGCAGAAGCUCUUCAUAAUGACAACCAAUACCAAUGGUGCUCGAGGUGUGCUGAUGUCAGAUAAAUUCUUCUCAUAUAUGUGCAAAAGGAAAUCAGAUUUCAAACCUGGCGUGAUGGAAGACAGCAAUAACAUGCUUCGUUCCUUGCUAAAUGGUUUGGAUAACGAGGACCAUAGUCAACCUACAAUGGUUGAGUCACUCUUCCAUAGCCAGGUUGUUAAAUAUGUCUCCAGCAAAGAGUGCAAGCACACAUCAAUUACCUUCGAGGACCUUGAUCUCAGUCUGGCAAUACCACCAAAGAAGCAUGCAUCAAUCGAGGACUGCUUGGAUUUAUAUGUCACUGGGGUGAUUGAUGAUUGGUAUUGUACAGACUGUUCUGCUGCUGGAAAUGCCUCUUUGAACCAAGAAGGUACAACAGUCAACGAUAGCCAACAUGAACAGUUGGACAAUAAAACAUAUAUGCAGAAGGAAUCUAGCUAUCCAGCUGACGAACAAACAAUGACAACAAAUCAGAACAAUGGAAAGCUACCGGUGCUUGAUAACAAUGCAAAUCAAAUGGAAGAGCGCCAUAAAAAACUGAAGGAGGAGGAGAAGAUAUACAGAACUGCAAUAGUACAGUAUCACAUUACCAAGGCGGCACCUAUACUAACCAUUCAGCUAAAGAGAUUCGACUAUUCCCACCCUGAUAAGUUAGACAAGUUGCAAGAACAUGUGAGCUUUCAGGAUACACUUCAUAUAACAAAGUUCAUGCACCUUGGGCAUCUGAAGGAUGACGAGUGCAAGUACCGUCUGAUUGCUGUCAUUGUACACAAUGGACCUACCCUACGCGAAGGACACAAUUUUGCUUAUGUGAGAACAAGUCAAAUUGGAGGCCAGCAGCAGGAGAGCCACAGCUCUCCCACAUGGUUUCUCGCAAGCGACGACAGCAUCACACAAGUAUCACUAGAAGAGGUACUCGAGUGUCAGGCCUACAUUCUUUUCUAUGAAAGGGUUGAACAACCAAAGGGCGUGUCAGUUCUACGAGAACAUCCGCCAAGAAAGAUGAACGGAUGAGGAGAACUGAUGGAUGAGAAGGAAAAGUAUUUGUAUAUUGUUUUUGCUGUUUCAUUCAGCAAUCAUCACAGUUUGGUUUAUUUUGUGGAGUGGAGUGAUCCCAUCGGGGAAGGGCUUGGAGUUUGGAUGAAAAGCUCGCUCAAACCGUUGCUUUGACUUUGAUUUUUGCUAUUCAAUUAUGUAGUAAUGAAGUAAUUUUAUCCAUUUGCAAACAGUGUUCUUAUUUAUCUUUUCACUGUUUUCCUCACCCGAAAUUGCAACCAAAAAUCAGAUUAAGAA